CGCGCGCUGGCUGCCGCCUCAGUCCAGUGUGCUAAAUCCUUUGGUAGCGGGAGGUUGCGUCGACCCUGCCGCGCUUCCUGACGUGUUUCAGUGGAUUUAGUGCAAAGAAAAAGACCGGAAGAACUGAGAUUAAUAGUGUCUAAAGGCGGCGAAAACUGAAAAAGGAAGGAACUGGAGUGGUGGAAGUGUAAUAAAACUGCGUCAAUCCGUGUGACUUCCUGAUUACCACUGAGGGGCGAGUGUGCGCUCUUCACACACACACACACACACACACACACACACACACACACACACACACACACACACACACACACACACACACACACACACACACGGCACGCUAUUGGCUGACCGUCUUCUGCGGGAGGAUCAACGCCCCGCUUCAUAGAAGCUAAAAUGGAAACAGAGAAGGAGUAAGGAGGGAGUAUGACUUCCUCCACCAUCACCACCACAGCAGCUGCCAUCAUGGCACCAUCCUUAAGGAGUCCAUUGGCCUUGUCACUAACAUUGUUGGGCCUUGUAGCACUUUGUCAAGGCUCUUCAACUCAUAACUACAAGUGCUAUAGUUUUGAUACAACAGGAAAAGGAGCAAUAAAGCCAAAGGGAGACAUUGUUGUUGAAGUUGGAUCUUCCUAUGAAGCUUAUUGCCUCUUUAAUCCAGAGGAAGUACAGGUGGGGGAUGUGUACUUUGAGACCACAGGGGAUGAUGCUAGAAGAAUUCCACAUACUGUGGUGAAUAGUUCGGCCAUCAAAGUACAAGUUGAACACACAGAACCCACAAAGUACGACCUAAGAUGUUUGAUGGGAGCGGGAAGGUUUAUAUGUCAACGUUCAGUUUUUGUUGGAUAUGAACCACAAGAUGUCAAGAAUUUCUCAUGUCUGUCGAAGAAUUUUUUGAGUCUAAACUGUACCUGGGAGGAGCCAGAAAAUCCAGUUAAAGUUUCCUACACUCUCACGUAUGUUCUCCCUGGCUACUUAGAUUCAAGUCGAUGUCCAAAAGCAGGAAAAAAUUGGUGUUCUUGGGAAGGAGCCCAGUUCCACAGUGUGCGGCAAGACUGGCUCAUGACAUUUACUGCAACUAAUCAACUUAUUAAGGAAAAGAAUAAGAAGCCUGUUGAAUUUAAGCAUGAAGUUAAUCUCUAUGCCACUGUAAUACCAGAUCCUGCAAUCAACUUUGAAGCUGAAGUCCUUGGCCCACACGAAGUAAAACUUGAGUGGGCACUGCCAUACCCAAUAAAUGUCUUUGCACAUGGAAAUGUCACUCAUGAACUCAGAUAUAGAAUGGUACCGUUCAGAAGUAUGUACGAAGACAGACACUGGGUAGAGGUUGCCACUUGGGAAGAGAGUCCACCCCAAUUCAACCCAGAGAGCUACACGAAGGUUAUAAGCAACCUUCAGCCCUAUGUUGAGUAUGAGUUCAGUAUCCGCCUGCACACUGGGUCCGGCCCUGUUCGAAAAGAGAUGUGGUCAAAGCCAGUUCUGAAGAGGAUAAGGACAGAAGCAUCAAGACCAGCUAUUGCUCCCCUGACAACCCUUGGGAUGUUUGAGGUAGAAGAAACCAAGCUUCACCGUGACAUCUAUGUCAGCUGGCAAACAGUUGACCCUCUUUAUGAAAAUGGUCCAGACUUUGCCUAUGAAGUGAAGAUGUACAACAGACAUGAAGGCUCCCACUUCUCCUCUCUGUCCACUAAAAAUGGAUUUGCAAAGUUCUCCAGGCUGGAUAAUAAUAUUGAAUACAGGUUUGAGAUCAGACCCAGGAAUGGUGAAGGUCUUCCUGAAGAUCCAAGUGUGAGAUCAGAGGUAAUAGUGCCUAAAAAAGCAGCUUUGCUAAGUACUCCAAGUUACUUCAAAGUCAUUGCUUAUCCUGGCAGCAACACAACUACAUACAUGGUCAGGUGGCGGCUUCCUGAGCACCAUCAUGCAGAUCACAAUAUAGAAACGGUUACCCUUUACUGGUGCAAACAAACUGAAUAUGAAAAUCGUUGUCAGAAUAAAAUAGAGUGGGAGAUAAGUGAUGAGCCAAACAACUUUGUAAAAAAUCUCACAGGAUAUGACACUACAUCUCGCUACAUGUUUGGCAUUUCUGUCAACUCCCACAACUCAUCCAGUGGAAUCAAGUGGAGUGCCUGCAUUGCUAGGCACGGUGUCCAACAACCUGCACUGCAAAGAUUUUAUCAUACAUAUGUGUCUUCAACUGAAGUGAAGCUAAAAUGGGAACUUGAUUGCAAGGCUGAAGCAGCACAACCAAAUGCCUUCAACAUUUCAUACUGCAUUGUUGAAGAAAAUGGCAAAAAUUGUUCUGAACCUGAGAAGUAUGUCAGAGUGGAUGGAGAGAGUACUGUGGAGUAUGUGGUGAAUAACCUUCAUCCAUACAGGCACUACAUAUUCAGCAUUGCCACCAUAUCAGACCUUGGUCUUGGAAAAUGGACUCCCUCCAUCCUUGUGACGACCAAACCCAGCAUGCCCAGUGGUCCUCCACUAAACAUCCGAGAAAUAAGCACGUCCCAAACGUCAAUUUCAAUAGCCUGGGAUCCACCUGAUAAAUCUAAACAGAAUGGAGAAAUAAUUGAAUAUAGCAUCACAAUCAAGAAUGGAGACAACCGGAGUUUUACACAGAGGCGAAAUGUUACCACAUUCACCACCACAGAACUGGACCCCUACACAAACUAUAGUUUUGAAGUUGUUCCCUGCACCAGGGUUGAUGGGGGAAAGGCUUGUGGAACCGACGCUGCAUAUAUAAAUGCAAAGACAAAGAUUGGAGCCCCUGGAAAAAUUGAUUUAUUUCAAUAUAACUCUCCCUGGCUGUCCUGGGAGCAUGACAAGUGCAAUGGCCCAAGCUGUUCCUAUGAGCUGCAGUACACAGUGAAUGAUACCACCUUCUGGUACACCACUUCUCUAGAACAAACAUCUGUCUCUUUAGAGGAUCUCAACAUAUCCUGUCCAGUUAAACAAGGAGAAAUUCCAGUCAGCUUAAGGGCUGUCAACACAGAUGAAGAUGGUCAUCGUUUGUCGGGGCCUUCAUGGGACAUGAAAGUCACUUGCCCAAGCAAAGGUCUAGCUCUGUGGAUCAUUCUGGCCAUCGCUGUCAUGAGCAUCAUCUUGUCCUUGAUUGUUUUCAUCCUCUUCACUUAUGGACGAGAGCAAAUCAAGACAUUCUUUGACAACUUGCGCCGCAAUCUGUCUCUGCCAAAUGGACUGGAUCCUCAACUGCAGUCUCCCUCAUGCAAAAACACAGGGCUUAAGCCAGAAAGGGAAAAGUUCUCUCCAAGCACACUAUCGUUGAAACCUUCAGAGGAGCAAGACCUCAUAAAACAUGGGAGUGAGCGCCAACACCGCAACUUGUCCGGAGACUCUGGGACGUCUGUGGCUGACCAGGCAGAUUCUUCCGGCUGUUCAACUGGUGGGGACUCUGUGUCCUCCUCAGGAAGUGAUCGCAUCCCACAGUCUUCAGAUUCCGGAACAGUACAGGAGGAAGCUGGUUUUCCUUCAGAGGAAAAGAAGUGGGUUGGUGCAGUGAGGUUGAGGACACCUGCACCACCAUAUGUUUGCCAGGGCCCACCAGAGAAGGCACCUAGCAUGAAAGGAUACGUGUCACUUGGUUCUGUACCAAACUUGACUGGAACAGCAACAGAUGGAAUGCCACCUAUGCAGCAGUCUAAUCCAAACCUAGGCCUAGAGACUUUGCAAGAAGUACGCAUGGGAGGUCGGCGCACCUCAACUGGGUACAUCAGUAUGCCAACUAAUGAGAGUGAUGGAAUGAGCUUUCAAAUGGAUGACUUGGAUAAGCUAGUUCUUCCACAUGAGCGUCGGCCAGGUGACUACAUAGCAUACUCUCGCCACUACAUACCAUACAAAAAGAUAUCAGACUUUUCACCCUACACAAAGGCUCAGUCUUUGCCAUGGUUAAACACUGGUUAUGUUGCUGUAGCUCAGGCUGAAGAUGGAGGGCAAUCUGUACCAGGGGCUCAGGAGUAUGUAACUGUGGGUGAUGCUAUGAAUGCGAUGAAGAGGCAGCCAUCCCUUCCUUCACUGUCCAGGGAUAUCAGUAAAACACUGAUCACACCAGAUAAAGAUCUGCCUCCAGGUGCUUAUUGUAAAUUGGGUGCACGAGGAUCACCUGACCCAUUACCAAACUCCCACGGGUAUGUCAGUGAGACUCAUCAUAUGCCUGUGCCCAGCUCCUUAGCGUUCAGUCCUCCUGUAUGUAAGUCACCAUAUGUUACUUGUGCAAUGGCAGAAUCAAUCGCAUCCCCUAAAAAAGAGCCACUGAAAACAACAAAUGACAAUGUGUCUGUAGGGGACAUAACAGAUGGACAGUGGGCUUAUCCCAUUAUGCAUCCCAUUACUCCAGAAGAAACCAGAGAGGUAUUGUCUGCCCCUGUUGAAGGUACACGAAGUAGAACCAUACAGCCAACCAGGCCAAACAGCUCUGAAACAAAUCAUAAUAGAAGUCAGUUUCCCCCUACAGGGCAUUCACUAUCCAAGCAGAGCUCAGGUUAUGCAUCAGCCAAUGUUUCAUUAACAUUUCAAGAUCCUCUUGUUAUGUCCCCUAAAAAGCUCUUGGCACGUAGUCAGGAGCCUCACUCUGUAGUUUACUCACCCAAUCACAAGCCCUCAAUGGUGUGAAGUUUGAGUCCAGUAGUUACUGAAUGACAUAGAGAUUAUUAAUUACUAAGUCUUUCUCUUCCAUUUUUCCGAUUAAAUUUCAAUUUCACGGAUGGGUCAUCUAACAUAUCUUUUCACAUAAUGUCAAUUUAAGUUACUUCAAAGUUAAACUCCAAAAUAGAAUUCAAUGUUAAAGCAAUGCUAACUGAUGGACACUGGUCUUCAUCAAUUUACCAGUGGUGUAACAUUUCUAUUAUUUACAAAACUAGAAGGUAAUUUUGUGUAUUCUAUGUCAUAAGUGCUUGAUGGAAGAUGAGUAAGCUUCACUUCAUUUUCUCAUCCUUUUGUUGCCAUUGUGGUACACUCUUAGAAAGUACAAAGAUAUAUUCCCAAUAGUUGGUUUUGUGCCAGUAGAAUGUGAUGAAUUCACAGUCUAUGACUCCAGUUUGGAGUAGGUUUUGAAACAAUUAGAUAAAGUUACUGAAUGGUUCACAAGUAUCAUAUAUAUCAUAACAAAACAAAAUUAGGAAAUAUUCUCCACUUAUUUUCAUCAUAAAUCUACAAUAUACAUUUUUUAUUUACUCUGGUACUUGAAUUUCAGAACACUUUAAUUUAUAAUUAGCUAAAAUUUACUAAAGUUUAAUUUUAACAUCAAAUUAUUUGGUUUCUGAAUAUUACAUUGGUCAGUGCAACAAUUAAUUGGUUAUUAUGAGUCUUUAUAAUAAGUGACACUCCAGAUCCUCCCUGAGGAUGUUGAAGAGUUGUGCCUCAUGAACGUCAAGCAAGUAUUACCAAAGCUUUUUAUCCUCAUAUAUGAUGAAAAUCCAAAACAUGGAAGCAUUACUCUGCUGGUACAUAGAGGUAAACCACAGCUACAGGGGAUGACAGUUGUUUGAGGAUUGUUCUGCACGAGAGGUGAUGAUUGGGGGUAGUCCAGGGUGGAUGUCUCAGCUCAGUGCCAAGUAGUUGACUUGUGUGUUGAGAGUUUAUGCCACAUUUCCGAAUGCUCAAUAUAUCUCAUCUGGAAUACUCAGUUUGCGUAUAUAAGAGAUUUAGGGGUUCAGUGCUAUCUGUAUGUUAAUGUGUAACUGAUACUCAGAAUGGUAAGGAGUGAACUGAAAGAUGUAUGCCACAGUUCAUUUACAUGUCAUUUAUAGUAAAUAUCCUUGAAUAAUGGCUUAUGUGUCUUGCACUGUGAGAAGCAAAACUUUUAGGUGUAGCAAGUGAUAUUUGAAUUGUUUGAAUACUUAUGCACCUGUUUUGUAUUAUAUUCAAUAUGUUUUUAUGUACAAAGGUUCACUGAAAUGAAUAUUUGGUGGCAUGUAGAGACACAAGAAAGUUGGGGCAUUGUGUUGGAAAGAUCAAUUUGCAUGUCGAUUGUUAUCCAUUCAAGGGUACUAUAAUUAUAUUUUAACAUUACCCAAGAUUUAUGUAUUUCAGCUUACUUCCUAUUAUACUACUAAAACUGUCAUUGCUCACAUACCAUAGUACUGCUUGCCUCCAACAUCAUGUCCGUAUAAUCAAAAUUGGUGUCCAACGGAUGAUAUUCUGUACAUAAUAGUCUAGUGAAACUCAUUCAUCAGAUUGAACAUUUUACAUAGCUUUGCCUCACACUCCGGGGCAGAAUAAAACCGGUCCAUAGUAAAAGCCAGCUUACAGUACAGUGCAUCUUAAACACUACCCUGUGAUACGACACCGUGCUCAUGCACAGUGUUUUGAAUGUUAUUUGUUAGCUUCGACAGAAAGAUGUUUUAUACACUAAGGAAAGGGUUGUGGAAUAUAAAUAUCUCAAAGUAGAAUCAUAUUAUCACCAAAAUUUAUUUCCAAAAGAAAUAGAAUGAAGUGAAGGUCUGGAUGGUUAUUAACCGUCUUCAUUUAGUGUUGUAAUUUUUUUACAUAAUUGUAAGAUGACUCGUGUCAUACUAUUACACAUGGAGGAAGUUUGGGAGAUUGAAGAAAAUUAUGAUAAAGUAACACAUGCAUACUUUAUAAAUGUAGAAUAGUAUCAAAAUUGAAAAUGUCUUAAGUAUUAGGUACCCAUUAUGAGAGUAUGAGUUAGGUGUGUCCUGAGGAAGCUUGCAGCACAAAAUACAGAUACAAAUUCAUUGCAUGCAAAAAGGAAUAAAGGGGGGCAGCACACACACAAAGAUCAAUCCAACCAUCAGACUGUCCAAGCACUUCUUUAACUCUCCAAUGAUUGGCCUCUGUACUGUUCAUGAUGGAUAAUGAUGGUAAAUUAUGCAAAGUGAACAGUUAAAUCAGUGGUAGAUUGAUUAUAUUAGCUUUAUAACAUAUUUACUGCAUAGAAGUGUAAUGUCUUACAUGUACCAACACAUAUAAACAUGAAAUAUGGAGCAAUUACUAUGCUCAAUAUUCAUAACAUCAGUGUUGUCACAUAAAAAGGUGUUUUGCCCUUUCAUAACAACCUGCAGUGUCUAGUCCUCAGCUGUAAGCUUGUACAAAGUUAUUUUUAAAGAAUUUAUUAAUGUUAUUUGACACCUGUUGCAAGCUUUGAUGUUGCUUUCCAUUAUUAUAAUUAACCUUAUAGAUCAUGUGCAAUUCAUCAGAAAACUCCCAUUACAUUAUCAUAAUAAUAGUGCAUAUUACUUUGUUUAACCUUUUGUAACCACUGGAAACAUGUUACACUUUGUUCGUGAAAUUUGAUAAUGGUAGAAGUUCAAGCUAUUGGAAAGUAAUAUAUUCUCACUUGAGUCUUUCAUAUUCAAUUCUUACUGCUGCUGUUAUGCAAAAACCCAUAAAUGAUUUGUUUAAUGUGUGGACAUGGUUAUGUUCUCUCAAAGUUUUCUGUUGUGUUGGCUGUACUGUAUACAUGCCAUGUGUGCAUAGAUAUUAUAGGUUAAUGAAUUUGGGUACUGCUGAAACUCAGUAGCUCAAAACAGUUGUAAAUAAAAAAAGAAUAUUAAUGAGUGAAUUGGGUGUGAUAUGGUCAUCACUGGAGAACACUGUACAGUAUAUACCUUUGAAUCUUGUGCCAAAGUGAUUGGUGGUAAAACAGGAAAAAGUCUCUGUAAGGCUUGUGUUAAGGAUGGGUAAGACUUUGUUCUAAAUUGUAAAGGUAUUUUUGUAUGAAUUUCUGCUGAAUAUAAUCGUGGAUCUGCAUGGACAUACUUGGCAGUUAUACAUAACUAUUCUCAUAAAGUAUUUUCUUUAAUAAAGAGGAAUUUCAAAAGAUAAGUACCUAAGCAUCUAUGGGAAAUUGCUAAAAUUAUCCAUAAAGUUUUGGUGAGUAAGCUAUGUGAAUGACACCCAAGUUAACCAAUUUGUCAGUCCACAGUAUUGAUAAUGCAGUGUCUUGAAGUUAAUGCCCUCCAAUACAUCUUGCUUUUAUUGUUCUAACAUACUGAACUCAGAUGUUCAAUAACAUAAAUAUUGAAUAUUUGGAAAACAGAGAUUUAUAAGUAUGAGAGUUGAUGUAAGAGUGUGUCUGUGUUUUUUGUUAAUAGUUAUUUACCAUGAACCUUAGUAUAUUCAUGCUACAUUUUCAUAGGUCUUCCUUCCUCCCCUAUUCCAAUAAAACUUAAUUCUUCUGAGAUCAGCACUUAUUAUUACAUUGUGCAAAACUGGUUACUGAAUCAGCAUUUAGUGCUGUGUCUCACCUACAGGAAAUUUGAACCAAAAUUCAUUUUUAGAAAUUAAAGUUGCGCAUGUUAAAAAAAUAGUAUUCAGUUAAAAUUUGCUACAGAAAGCAAACAGUGACUGUGUAUAUUUCUUUAUAGAUAUGUGCUCUAGAAAUUCAGUGUAGGACUUUGGCUGUUGGACAUGUGGUUGGUGUGCAUCGUAUGGCUAGGAUUGAACUGUAACUAUAAUAAUUAAGUCGAUACCAUGUACAAAAUACUGAAAAAAUAUUUUUGUUUGCAAA